UAAUAGCAUUUUAUUUUUUUUUCUAAAACCUCUCCACAUAUUGCGUCCUAAAACAUUAAAAUAUUUUCUUUGCUUUCUGUUUCCGCAAGCAAAACCAGGCCACUUUUAAUCAUCACCGUCAAGUACGCUCUCUCCUCUCUCUCUCUCUCUCUCUCUCUCUCUCUAACUGUUAUUCCGAAAUGAUGGUGAGAACGUACUGUAACUGCCGUUUGUUGAAUCCUCAGGAGCCCUAGUUUAAUUCCGGUAGAGAGAGAGUGUGUGUGUGAUUGGUCGUUUUUUCUACGAGCUUUGGAGAGUGAAGAAUUGGGCAUUGGUUCGAUCUGAUCCUUCUCGAAACUAAGAUGCGAAAGGAUUUGCAAAAACCAGAUAUACUUCUACAAAACGACCCUUUUGUGUGAGCUGUUGGAUCUUUGAUUGAGUGAGAAAAUGGCUUUCAAGUUCAUUUUCCCGGCAAUUUUCUUUUUGGGAAUUCUUCUAUCGAUUGCAAACUCUGAACCAUUUGAUGAUAAACUAGCCCUACUUGAUUUUCUCCACAACAUUACUCACUCACGCCCUCUAAAUUGGGAUAUGAGUACUUCUGCCUGCACUAACUGGACUGGAGUGACAUGUAACCAUGGCAACUCCAGAAUCAUCGCCGUCCGGUUACCGGCAGUAGGGUUAAACGGCCCAAUUCCGAUGAACACUCUUAGCCGCCUAUCAGCUCUUCAGAUCUUGAGUCUAAGAUCCAAUGGCUUAUCUGGUCCUUUUCCUUCUGAUUUCUCCAAAUUGGGAAAUUUAAUUUUGGUGUAUCUUGAAUUCAAUAAAUUUUCUGGCCCUUUGCCUUUGGAUUUUUCGGUUUGGAAGAAUAUCUCCGUUAUUGAUCUAUCGAACAAUGCGUUUAAUGGUAGUAUUUCUUCUUCAAUUACAAAUUUGACACACCUCACUGCUCUGAUUCUUGCUAACAACUCACUUUCUGGUGAAAUUCCUGAUCUUAAUACCCCUAGUCUUCAGCUUAUAAAUUUAUCCAAUAAUAAUCUGAGUGGCACUGUCCCUCAAUCUCUUCGGAGAUUUCCUAGUUGGGCUUUUGUCGGUAACAAUUUUUCUAUGGAAACUUCAGUCCCUCCACUUCCUCCGGUUGUUCCACCUAAUGCUCAACCAUCAAAGAAAUCCAAAAAGCUCGGUGAAUCAGCUAUUCUGGGGAUCGUAAUCGGAAGUUGUACUCUGGCGUUUGUGGCACUUGCUGUUCUGCUGGUUGUUUGCUACUCAAAUAGAGAAGGCAAAAAUGGAUUCCCUGCAAAGUCUCUGAAGAAAGAAGGAUCUGUAAAGAAGGCAGCUUCUGGGAGCCGAGAUGGGAAUAGCAGGCUCAUGUUCUUUGGGAGCUGUAAUCUUGCAUUUGACCUCGAAGAUUUGUUGAGGGCUUCUGCUGAGGUGCUCGGGAAGGGAACAUUCGGUACUACGUAUAAGGCAGCCCUGGAGGAUGCAACCACUGUUGCAGUAAAGAGAUUGAAAGAAGUGAGUGUAGCGAGACGGGACUUUGAGCAGCAGAUGGAGGUUGUUGGAAAUAUCAGGCAUGAGAAUGUAGCUGCUUUGAGGGCAUAUUAUUAUUCCAAGGAUGAAAAGCUCAUGGUAUAUGACUAUUAUAAUCAGGGCAGUGUAUCGGCAAUGCUACAUGCAAAAAGAGGAGAGGAUCGGGUUCCCUUGGACUGGGAAACCCGACUACGAAUUGCAACUGGUGCAGCAAGAGGCAUUGCUCAUAUCCACACAAGCAAUGGUGGGAACCUUGUCCAUGGAAACAUAAAAGCCUCAAACAUUUUCCUCAACACUCAACAAUACGGUUGUGUGUGUGAUCUUGGUUUAGCAACAUUGAUGAGCCCAAUGGCUCCACCAGUCAUCCGGAGCAUAGGGUAUCGAGCCCCUGAAGUAACAGAUACCCGAAAAGCGUCCCAAGCAUCUGAUGUCUACAGCUUUGGAGUCUUGUUGCUUGAGCUUCUCACAGGGAAGUCCCCCAGCCAUGCUACAACCGGUGAAGAAGUUGUCCACUUAGUCAGGUGGGUUAAUUCUGUAGUUCGAGAGGAGUGGACAGCAGAAGUGUUCGACUUAGAGCUUUUGAGGUAUCCUAACAUCGAGGAAGAGAUGGUAGAGAUGUUGCAGGUAGGGAUGGCUUGCGCAGCAAGAAUGCCAGAGCAGAGGCCAAAGAUGGUGGAUGUUGUAAAGAUGAUGGAGGAUAUCCGACGUGUCAAUACUGGUAAUCCGUCACCAUCUGAAACAAAAUCGGAGGUUUCAACACCAACCCCAACCGUGACACCACCAGCUCCUAAAAUAGGAUCCUCUUCUGUUUUACAGUGAGCUUCUUGUUUAUUAGAAUCUGGUUGUGACAAAAAUAUUUUUUAACAAUUCUUGUGUGAAGGGCUAGGCACAUGGUUUAAAUUAGUAGAGUCGUCAUUGUAUCUUAUUUUUCUUCUGUACAGUUGUACCUAAGACUAGUUUACCUAUCUGGUCCAGCCUUUAUGUCAAAGUCGGGUUGGUUGACUGUAUUAAUUUGUGAUCACUGGGUUAUUAAGAAGUAUGUGGUUUUGAUUA